AUUCCAAGAUCUUCAGGGUUGGAGGGGUGUAACUAUUGAAUUUUGUUCCGCAGGAGAUUUUCUCCUUGAAAAUAGCAUCUCUUGCCCACUUCUGCCGUGUGAGAAGCUGUGAUAAGAAUCCAAGGACAUGGCAGUCAUUGGUGGAAACUUCCGGAUGGUAUCUGAGGAGGAACAGGCCUUGCGUGCCAAACUGGAAAGACUAACUGUGAAGGAUCAUGGGCCUGUGUUUGGACCCUGUGCCAAGCUUCCAGACCACACAGCCCAGAAGGCGAAGGACGAGUUGAAUGAGACCGAGGAGAAGCGAGUGGCUGCUGUGGCACAGCUGCGCAUGAUCAUGAACAAGGCGGACAACGGGGACGAGCUGUCCAAGGGUGUGCUGGACACCUUCGGGGACAGAUCUGACAAGGUGCUGGUGCGGUUCGUCCGAGCCCGUAAAUAUGACACGGAGAGAGCCUAUGAGCUCAUGAAGGGCUACGUACGGUUCAGGCAGCAGUACCCCGAGCUGUUCGAGAACCUGACCCCAGAGGCUGUGCGCAACACCAUCGAGGCCGGAUAUCCUGGCAUCCUGCCCACCAGGGACAAGUAUGGUCGCGUCGUGCUGCUCUUCAACAUCGAGAACUGGGACUACGAGGAGAUCACCUUUGAUGAGAUCCUGCGCGCCUACUGUGUCAUCCUGGAGAAUCUGCUGGAGAAUGAGGAGACCCAGAUCAACGGCUUCUGCAUCAUCGAGAACUUCAAGGGCUUCACUAUGCAGCAGGCAUCAGGCAUCAAAGCCAAUGAACUGAAGAAGAUGGUGGACAUGCUGCAGGACUCCUUCCCUGCCCGGUUCAAGGCCGUGCACUUCAUCCACCAGCCCUGGUACUUCACCACCACCUACAAUGUGGUCAAGCCCCUCAUGAAGAGCAAACUACUGGAGAGGGUGUUUGUUCACGGCGAUGAGCUGGAAAAUUACUUCAAGGAGUUUGAUGCAGACAUCCUGCCGGCGGAGUUUGAUGGGAAGGGUGCCAAAUAUGACGGCAAAGCAACCGCAGAAAAGCUAUUUGGGUCUGACACUGCUCUGUAACCCUAUGAUCUCACCAAAUUACUGGGUACCCAAAAAUACAUACUAUAUUUAAUGGUGUUUUUAAGGUAUAAUGUACACCUUGUUUUGUGAACGCACAACCCUGCUCUCAACAGAACCAGUGCAGUAGUGCUGAAAAUAGGUUCCUGGUCAAUGGGAGGACUGGAAGGAAGCGUUAUGGAAACAUCUGAAUGUGUAGCAAACAUGGUAGUUCUGUAUUGCAACAUUGACCACAGUAACAAGCACAACCAAUGAAACAUAUUAAUGCUUCUAGCCUAUCAUGUGUGCUAAUGUUAAAGCCUAAGGGCCCUGCAGCUGCUAUUGGUCACCUCAUGAGCUGACCUUCUUCCUUCAGGCCAAUGAAAUCAGACAGACCACAGAUGUAGGGGCCUAGUACCUCCUCUGCCCUAAUUUAGGAAGGAUAAGUCCCAUAUUCACUGUGCAAGGACACAUAUUGUAUCCAACAGGAAGUGAACAGUAAAACAUCUUAGAUGAAACAAA